GACCUGUCAAACCUCUCCCACUCUCUCUCUCUCUCUCUCUCUCUCAAGAUCACAAACAUGAGGAUAGUGGCUUUAGGCUUCACGCUUCUGUGGGUUCUUCUCUUGAUUCUUAUCUUUUCUCCUACCUCAAACGCCAAAAUUGCUUCCAGAUUCCCUUCUUCUAUCGUUCGGCCUGAUCUAGCAUCUCUGUCUAUCAAAAGCCAGCAGUUCUAUGAAACAAAGUAUUUCACUCAAACGCUUGAUCACUUCAAUUUUCAGCCACAGAGCUACCAGACCUUUCAACAGAGAUAUCUGAUCAAUGAUAAGUACUGGGGUGGGGCUCAAAACAAUGCUCCGAUCUUUGUUUACACCGGAAACGAAGGAGAUAUUGAAUGGUUCGCGCAGAACACGGGUUUCAUGUAUGAGACUGCACCAAAAUUCAAAGCCCUUCUGGUUUUCAUCGAGCAUAGAUUUUAUGGGAGUUCUAUUCCUUUUGGYGGUGAUAAAGAGGUAGCUUACAGCAAUGCAAGUACGCUCGGGUACUUGAGCUCAACGCAGGCGUUGGCCGACUAUGCCACAUUGAUCAUCGAUCUGAAGAAGAAUUUAACUGCAGAAGACUCUCCUGUGAUUGCUUUUGGAGGGUCUUAUGGAGGAAUGUUGGCUGCAUGGUUUAGACUGAAAUACCCACAUGUUGUUGUUGGAGCCUUGGCAUCUUCUUCUCCAAUCCUGAAUUUUGAAGACCUCACUUCUCCAUACGGUUUCAAUAGCAUUAUCACAAAUGAUUUCAGGAGUGAAAGUGAGAAUUGCUACAAAGUGAUCAAAGGGUCAUGGAAGGAGAUUGAGGACACUGCAAAACAACAGGGUGGACUGGAGGUUCUUAGAAAUUCAUUCAAAUUAUGCAAGAAGGCAUUCACUGCAGAUGAUCUAGAAAGCUGGAUUGAAACAGCUUUAAUUUAUACCGCCAUGACUGAUUAUCCGACUCCUUCCAACUUUCUUCAGCCCUUGCCAGCUUAUCCCGUUAAGCAGAUGUGCAAGGCCAUCGACAAUCCAACGGUGGGGAACGACACUUUUGCCAGAUUGUACGGUGCGGUUAACAUCUACUACAACAACACUGGUAAUGCCACGUGUUUUGACAUAGAAGAUGAUUCAGACCCACACGGCCUAAGUGAAUGGACAUGGCAGGCGUGUACAGAGAUGAUAUUGCCAACAGACGGAAACAAGAAUGACAGCAUAUUUCCAGCAUCAGAAUGGGAUUACGCGAACCGAGCCACCAAUUGCCAAUUUGCAUUUGGCAUUAAUCCAAGGCCGCAUUGGAUUACAACUGAAUAUGGUGGUUAUGAUAUUAGGAGGGUCUUGAAGCGGUUCGGCAGCAACAUCAUCUUCUUCAAUGGUUUAAGAGAUCCUUGGAGUGGUGGAGGGGUUCUUGAGAGUAUAUCCAAGAGUAUCAUUGCCAUUGUGGCAAAAGAAGGUGCCCACCAUGUAGAUUUGAGGUUUUCAACUAAAGAAGAUCCAGAGUGGCUUCGAGACGUUAGGAAGAGAGAAGUAGGCAUCAUAAGAAAGUGGCUAUCACAAUAUUACAACGAUUUGGCCUAGCCCUCUUCUUAGAUUCAACAAGUUUUUUUUGAGUACAUAGAUUCAACAAAUUUACCAGCUAUUGUCAUUUGCCAACUAUUUAAUGGACGAAUUUACUAACAUUUUUUAAUGGUUAAGAGCCAUUAAUUAUUUUGUUUUACAGGCUUUAUUGUUCCUCAC